AGUCCGGUAUCACAUGAACGAGCGGGGACCAACCGGCGCGCCGCAGCCGCACAGAGCUGGCUGCUGUACACACAGACACAGCGAAGGAUCAGGGUAAGAAAAAGGAAACGCUGCUGCUAAGGUUGGACUGAAUACGAACGGAGCGGCCAGGGACAUUUCACUUUGAGGCAUUUCCAGUCUUUUCUCGUCGUGUCUCCCGUCUUUUGUCGCGGAUUACAGUAUUUGGCAGAGGGGCGGGCGCGCUGGACAAGGCCAUGGCCCUAACAUAUUGAAUAGCUGCUCUGAGGAGGCGGGGGACACAGUCGUGGAGGAAAAUGGUGGAUUAUUGACGCGUUUUUGUGGAUAACGUGCGCUCGACACAGGACAGACAGCGGGCUGGGCCGAAGGUAGGUCCCCCCACCCCCAGUGUUUGGCACAUACAUGUAGGCCUGCUUCGGCUCGGCGACAUUUGGAAAUAAUAGACGGUUGGAUCGUAAGAGGUGCUAUGGAUCUGAGCAAUGGCAGCGGCGGUGGUGGAGGGGGCGAGCUGCACAAUAACCAGUUUUACCAGUGCGAGGAGAACAAGCCGCUGCUGGGGGACACGACCGAAGGCAAUAAUAACUGUAAAGUGGCCGCGGGGCCGUGCAAGAGGAGCCUGCACCACUGCGGAGGAGGGGGGAUGCGCUACAAGCUGCUCCACGAGGGCGACAUCCAGGUGUGCGUGCUCAAACAUCCGCGCACCUUCCUCAGCAAGAUCCUCACCUCCAAGUUCCUGCGCCGCUGGGAGCCACACCACCUCACGCUGACGGACAGCAGCCUCAGCUCGGCCACGCCCACUGGUUACAUGGAGACGUCCCUGUCCUACAGCUCCAUAGAGGACCUGCAGCUACUGGCCUGGGACAAUGCUCCCAAAUACUGUGUCCAGCUCAGUUUUCCUGGAGGAACUGUCCUUCUACAGGCUGCAAACAGUUACCUAAGAGACCAGUGGUUUCACUCUUUGCAGUGGAAGAAAAAGAUUUAUAAGUACCGUAAGGUUUUGACCAACCCGAGCCGCUGGGACGUGGUUCUGAAGGAGAUCCGGGCGCUUGUGGAUAUGGCUCUGACUUCUCCGCUUCAGGAUGAGUCCAUUCAUCAAGCCCCUUUGCACAUCAUCUCCACCCUGCUGGCCGAGAACUCCAAUCUCAGCACUCAGGAUCAUGAAAACAUUAUUGUUGCCAUUGCUCCUCUUCUGGAGAACAACCACCCACCUCCUGACCUCUGUGAGUUCUUCUGUAAGCACUGUCGAGAGCGGCCGCGUUCUAUGGUGGUAAUAGAAGUGUUCACUCCUGUGGUCCAGAGAAUCCUUAAGCAUAACAUGGAUUUUGGGAAGUGUCCUCGCCUGCGCCUUUUCACUCAGGAGUAUAUUCUGGCUUUGAAUGAGCUCAAUGCUGGGAUGGAGGUAGUCAAAAAGUUUGUCCACAGUAUGCAUGGGCCAACGGGACAAUGCCCUCACCCUCGCGUUCUGCCAAACCUGGUGGCUGUGUGUCUCGCUGCGAUCUACUCCUGUUAUGAGGAGUUCAUCAACAGUCGAGACAACUCACCCAGCCUGAAGGAGAUCCGUAAUGGGUGUCAGCAGCAGAACGAGAGGAAGCCCCCGAUGCCCCUGCGCCUGCUACGGGCCGAGCCCCCCACACCGCCUCCUCUGUCGGGCAGCCCUCCACAGAUCGGACAGAAUGGCACACCCAGUCCUGUCCCAUCCAUCCCCAUAUCUCCCACACCUCCCCCCACCUCACUGCCACUUUCCCCUCCUCCUUCUGUGGUCAACUCCAGUGAGAUCCUGGUGGAACUGGAGCGCAACAACAACAACACCAAUGCCAAGAGGAAGGUGGGUCCAUCGGGGGGUGACAGUGAGCCCAACCUGAUUGACUGCCUCCUAGUUAGCCCCGCCGUCAACACCCUGUCCAUCCAGCUCCCCGCUCAGGCUGACCGUGUGCUCGGAUGCUUCGCCCUCAUCCUCAAAAUGCUAUCCGACUAUGAUGACUGGAGACCAGCUCUGGCAAGCCUGCUGCAGCCCAUCCCCUUUCCUAAAGAGGCUCUUGCACAUGCCAAAUUCACAAAGGAGCUGAAAUAUGUGAUCCAGAGGUUUGCAGAAGACCCUCGACAAGAGGUUCACUCGUGCCUGCUGAGCGUACGUUCGGGUAAGGACGGUUGGUUCCAGCUUUACAGUCCUGGGGGCGUGGCCUGUGACGACGAUGGAGAGCUGUUUGCCAGUAUGGUCCAUAUCCUCAUGGGCUCCUGCUACAAGACCAAGAAGUUCCUUCUUUCUCUGGCAGAGAACAAGCUGGGGCCCUGUAUGCUGCUGGCCCUCAGAGGGAACCAGACUAUGGUGGAGAUCCUGUGCCUGAUGCUAGAGUACAACAUCAUAGAGAACAAGGACACUCAGCUGCAGAUCAUCUCCACUCUGGAGAGCACUCAGGUCGGCCUGCGCAUGUACGAGCAGCUCUGUGACCGGCAGAGGGAGCUCAAGGAACUGCAAAGAAAAGGAGGCCCCACCCGCCUCACUCUGCCCUCCAAGUCCACAGAUGCUGACCUGGCUCGUCUGUUGAGUUCAGGAUCCUUUGGGAACUUGGAAAACUUGAGUCUGGCCUUCACCAACGUCACCAGUGCCUGUGCCGAGCAGCUCAUCAAGCUGCCCUCACUUAAACAGCUCAACCUGUGGUCCACUCAGUUUGGAGAUGCAGGGCUGCGGUUGUUGUCGGAGCACCUGGCCUGUCUCCAAGUGUUAAACCUGUGUGAGACCCCAGUCACUGAUGCUGGUCUACUGUCACUCAGCUCAAUGAAAAGUUUGUGCAGCUUGAACAUGAACAGCACCAAGCUCACAGCUGACACAUAUGAAGACCUCAAGGCCAAACUGCCCAACCUGAAAGAUGUCGAUGUACGGUACACAGAGGCCUGGUGAUGUCCUUUGCUCAUGCUCACCUUAUCAAAUCCACACACAUAUACACAUGUCCCCAUUAAUGAUAUCCACGUGGGACCGGCCUUCCACAGUGUCCUGGAAAGAGCUGGAGUCUCCACAGAUCAAUUCAUUUUUAUGACAUAUCUGUACUUUGGAUGUCCCUCCUCACCUGGAGCUGCCCCACUCCGUCCCACAGAGUCAAACCUUUGAACAAUACCAUCAACUCUUUUGCCUUUGUACUAUGAAGUCUGGAUACAGCACAUUCCAGUUCUUCAGUAGCUCUUCAAAACCAUAGCUCCUCCUGAGUUUUCCAGUUCAAACUGAUGUUUUUUUGUUAUGUUUUUUAUUUUGGAAAACUUUUACAAGACUGUGCCUAACUACACACAAGGUCCACACAAGAAGCGGUCAAUCUAUACAUUUGAAUGAACUUCAUAUUUUUCCAGAUUUUGCUUCAAUAGUCAGUGGAUCCAAGGACUUUUGGAGGCAUUUUGGGAGCUGGAAAAGAUGGCAACACAAUUAGUUUUUUCUUGUUUUGUGUGUACAUAGUAUAAUCCCAUCACUAUUUAAUAGGUUGUGUAGCAGUAGUGGGGUGGUCUGGGACUGCCUCAGUUUUAAUUUAUAUAACGCGUUCUUCAUUCUGACUUGCUAAAUGCACACCCUUGUUUUGUUCAGGUUUGGUUAUUCCUAAUUUGAUUUUUGUGACAUUUCUGACAAAGAAAGUCAAGCAAGAAGGAUCUCUUUGCUCCAUGCCAUGACUGGAUCUGUCUACUGACCCAUCACCAGCCGAGAGUUUGUAUAUUUUCAUAUCCUCUGUUAUAUUUGCAGAAUACCAGACUGCGCAGUAGGACAAAAGACAGAAAAUGACAAUUGCCAAACAUCUUUGUCCACUUUUUACUGUUGUGUCUUGGGGCCAAUGGUUUGUAAUAUGAAUAGUGGAACUUUGAAAGACCCACAGAAACAAUGUGGCAGUAAGAUGCUUCUAGAUCCCAUAUACCCCAAUAUCAAUGACUGGCUUUCAACAGAUGGAUUUUGUACAUAUACUUUACCACAGGCUAAAAAGGGACUAACGCAUUUGUCUACAUUCCCAUAUAAAACAAUGCCUGUCAAACUGCCCUAACUGACUAGUGGUCCCUGUCCACAUGGGUUUGUGAAUGGACUAUAAGCUCUGACUGCAUCCAUCACCUUUGUAUUUAUUGUUUUUCCCUCAAGGUUGAAGCAGCAGAGCACAAUGCCGUCCACGAUGACAUUCUAUUUAUUGGUGCCAUGAUGUUUGUGUUUGGCUGCUGCGCUCUUUCAUAUCCUGUAUGAUGUAUAUACAGUGUAUAUAGUCAUCUGCUCUCACCUCUUUCUCUUUUUCUCUCUCUGUCCUUUUCUCUCUUUCUCUAAGCCUGUCUUUAUACACAGGCUGCUGAUGCCUUUCUUUCUAACAUUGUGUGUAGGGUUGUUUCUUACGACACCGUAUGAGGCCAUAAAAAGAAAUCCAGAUCAUAUUUGAUGACAGUUUUAAUAAUGAUGUCAUUAUAAUUCAGGUGUCUGGUGUAACGAUAGUUAAUCCCCUGCCUUGGUUUGCCUGAGCAAUGAUUUGACAUAUCUAUUGUUCCAGAUGCCCUCCCUGACACAUCUCAUCCCAUUUACGACUGGCAUUAAUAUUUCACUAACUUGGCUGGAUCACAUUCCUCAUUUUAUUUCAAUUGGCAAGUGAUGUGAAGGUGCAUUAGAGCCCUGAGACUUAAGACUAUUACUAUCAAUUACAAUGACCUCACUUGGCUAAUAUCUAAUUAUAUAUUUGUAAAACAUUGAUUCUCAAAAUAUCUGGACUUCUUUUCUUCUCCUUGUACGCUGUUGUACUUUUUCAUGCAAAGUGCACUGUAAUCUAUUUUCAAAACAUAUUAUCAUUUAUGUUAUUUUAUAUGUUUGUUUUCUGUGUUUAACUUCUGUUGUUUGCAUGUACAUGUUCCUGCAUCUUGUAUUUUCUGUUGUAAUUUUAUUUUGUAAAUCUGAUAAAGGGUCUGAUCACUAUCUCCCUGAGGUUGACAUGGUUAGAUGCUGUGUGCGCUCUGAUUGGCUGUUGUGAAGCUCAACGCUAAAAGAUAUUUUUUAAGCCAAUAGUUUUGUACUGACUUUGUUCAGUUUUUAUCAUGAUUUGGAGACAUUGGAUAUUUACUGAUUCCUGCCACAUAUUGAAGAGAGGUGCCACUUGUCUAAACUGUGAGCGUUUGGGGCGAGGGUUUUGUAUUACUGUAAAAUGUGUGCGGGACAUCCCAUCUGUAACCUGUGGAACUCACUGUGCUUUGCUUCAGUUUACAUCCUUUCUUUUAAUUUUUUAAUCUUCAACAGCCGUACGGUUUUUAUUCUUUCUGUCCCAAUGGUGUAAAGCAUUGCUUACGUCUUAACAAUUCAGAAUGAACUGAAAUUACUGAAAACUCAAAUUACCCACAAUCCCUUGUCUCUUUUUGGCAGCUGGCUAGAGGGCGCCCUUAGUUUUUUCUUUCUCUUUUUUCAGUGUCAGCAAUGAUCUGCUUCAUCUGCUGGAUUAUCAUAAUAAUUGUUAAUAUUAUUAUUAUUAUUAUUAUUAUUAUUAUUAUUGCUGCUGCUCUGUGGCUGUUGUAAUAAAAAUACAAAAGAUCUUCAACAGGAAAAUAACAACUUAUGAUGUGAAAUCAUUUCAAUCAGAAAUAAAUUGUCUGUGAAUAUGUUU